GGCGGCGGCGGGCUUGGAGCUGCCGGGCGGGAGCGGCGUAGACGCGGGGUCACUAGCAGCGCGAACCUGGACAUGGAGCCGCCCGGCGGGGGCCCGGGGCCCGGUCGCGGGACCCGGGACAAGAAGAAGGGCCGGAGCCCGGACGAGCUGCCUUCGGCGGGCGGCGACGGCGGCAAAUCCAAGAAAUUUACUCUGAAGCGGCUCAUGGCAGAUGAGCUGGAGAGAUUUACCAGCAUGAGAAUUAAGAAGGAGAAAGAGAAGCCUAAUUCUGCUCAUAGAAAUUCUUCUGCAUCAUAUGGGGAUGAUCCCACUGCACAGUCAUUGCAGGAUGUUUCAGAUGAGCAAGUUCUAGUACUCUUUGAACAGAUGCUGUUGGAUAUGAACCUGAAUGAGGAAAAACAGCAACCUUUGAGGGAGAAGGACAUUAUCAUCAAGAGAGAGAUGGUGUCCCAGUACUUGCACACCUCCAAGGCUGGCAUGAGUCAAAAGGAGAGCUCUAGGUCAGCUAUGAUGUACAUUCAGGAGCUGAGGUCGGGCUUGCGGGAUAUGCCUCUGCUCAGCUGCCUGGAGUCCCUUCGUGUCUCCCUCAACAACAACCCUGUCAGUUGGGUGCAAACAUUUGGUGCUGAGGGCCUGGCUUCCUUAUUGGACAUCCUUAAACGACUUCAUGAUGAGAAAGAGGAGACUGCUGGAAGCUACGAUAGCCGUAACAAGCAUGAGAUCAUCCGCUGCUUGAAAGCUUUUAUGAACAACAAGUUUGGAAUCAAGACCAUGUUGGAGACAGAAGAAGGAAUUCUGCUGCUGGUCAGAGCCAUGGAUCCUGCUGUUCCCAACAUGAUGAUUGACGCAGCUAAGCUGCUUUCUGCUCUUUGUAUCCUAGCACAGCCGGAAGACAUGAAUGAAAGAGUUUUGGAGGCGAUGACAGAAAGAGCUGAAAUGGAUGAGGUGGAACGUUUUCAGCCACUGCUGGAUGGAUUAAAAAGUGGGACCUCCAUUGCUCUCAAGGUGGGAUGCCUACAGCUGAUCAAUGCUCUCAUCACACCAGCUGAAGAACUUGACUUCCGAGUUCACAUCCGAAGCGAACUGAUGCGCUUGGGGCUGCAUCAAGUGUUGCAGGACCUUCGAGAGAUUGAAAAUGAUGAUAUGAAAGUGCAACUAACUGUGUUUGAUGAACAAGGAGAAGAGGAUUCCUAUGACCUGAAGGGACGUCUGGAUGACAUUCGAAUGGAGAUGGAUGACUUCAGUGAAGUCUUCCAGAUUCUCUUAAACACAGUGAAGGAUUCAAAGGCAGAGCAACACUUCCUGUCCAUCCUGCAGCACCUACUCUUAGUCCGAAAUGACUACGAGGCCAGACCGCAGUACUAUAAGUUGAUUGAAGAAUGUAUUUCUCAGAUAGUUCUGCACAAGAAUGGGGCUGAUCCUGACUUCAAGUGCCGGCACCUCCAGGUUGAUAUUGAGGGAUUGAUUGAUCAAAUGAUUGAUAAAACAAAGGUGGAGAAAUCUGAAGCCAAAGCUACAGAGCUGGAAAAAAAGCUGGACUCAGAGUUAACAGCUCGACAUGAGCUACAGGUGGAAAUGAAAAAGAUGGAAAGUGACUUUGAGCAGAAGCUCCAGGAUCUUCAGGGAGAAAAGGAUGCAUUGGGUUCUGAAAAGGAAAAAAUUGCCACAGAGAAACAGAACCUGGAAGCAGAAGUGUCUCAGCUCACAGGAGAGGUUGCCAAGCUGUCCAAGGAACUGGAAGAUGCCAAGAAAGAAGUGGCUUCACUCUCCACUGCAGUUACUGCUGCAGCCCCUCCUAGCAGUGCUACUUUUCCCCCUGCCCCUCCUUUACCUGGUGACUCUGGGCCUGUCAGUCCCCCCUCACCCCCUUUACCAGGAGAGGUUAGCACAGCCUCUGCACCCCCUCUUCCUGGGGGUCGGGCCAUUCCUCCUCCACCACCUCCUCCUCCUCCUCUGCCUGGGGGUGCCUACAUCCCCCCACCCCCUCCUCUGCCUGGGGGUACCUGCAUCCCCCCACCUCCCCCUUUGCCUGGGGGUGCCUACGUCCCCCCACCCCCUCCUCUGCCUGGGGGUGCCAGCAUCCCCCCACCCCCUCCUCUGCCUGGGGGUGUUGGCAUCCCCCCACCUCCCCCUUUGCCUGGGGGUGUUGGCAUCCCCCCACCUCCGCCUUUGCCUGGGGGUGUUGGCAUCCCCCCACCUCCGCCUUUGCCUGGGGGUGUUGGCAUCCCCCCACCUCCUCCUCCCUUGCCUGGAGGACCAGGAAUGCUACCUCCCCCUCCCCCUCUUCCUGGUGGAAUCCCUCCACCCCCUCCAUUUCCUGGAGGCCCUGGUAUUCCUCCACCUCUCCCUUUUGGAGUUCCUGCAGCCCCAGUUCUGCCAUUUGGAUUAACCCCAAAGAAACUUUACAAGCCAGAGGUACAGCUCCGGAGGCCAAACUGGUCCAAGUUUGUCGCUGAGGACCUUUCCCAAGACUGCUUCUGGACAAAGGUGAAGGAGGACCGAUUUGAGAACAAUGAACUUUUCGCCAAACUUACCCUUACCUUUUCUGCCCAGACCAAGACUUCAAAAGCCAAGAAGGAUCAGGAAGGUGGAGAAGAAAAGAAAUCUGUGCAAAAGAAAAAAGUGAAAGAGUUAAAGGUGUUGGAUUCAAAGACAGCCCAGAAUCUCUCAAUCUUUUUGGGUUCCUUCCGCAUGCCCUAUCAAGAGAUUAAGAAUGUCAUCCUGGAGGUGAAUGAGGCUGUUCUGACUGAGUCUAUGAUCCAGAAUCUCAUUAAGCAGAUGCCAGAGCCAGAGCAGUUAAAAAUGCUUUCCGAACUGAAGGACGAAUAUGAUGAUCUGGCUGAGUCAGAGCAGUUCGGCGUGGUGAUGGGCGCUGUGCCCCGCCUGCGGCCUCGCCUCAAUGCCAUCCUCUUCAAGCUGCAGUUCAGUGAGCAAGUGGAGAAUAUCAAGCCAGAGAUUGUUUCUGUCACUGCCGCAUGUGAGGAGUUGCGAAAGAGCGAGAACUUCUCUAGCCUCCUGGAGAUUACCUUGCUUGUUGGAAACUAUAUGAAUGCUGGUUCCAGGAAUGCUGGUGCUUUCGGCUUCAAUAUCAGCUUCCUCUGUAAGCUUCGAGACACCAAGUCCACAGAUCAGAAGAUGACGUUGUUGCACUUCUUGGCUGAGUUGUGUGAGAAUAACCAUCCCGAGGUCCUCAAGUUUCCAGAUGAGCUUGCCCACGUGGAGAAAGCCAGCCGAGUUUCUGCUGAAAACUUGCAAAAGAACCUAGAUCAGAUGAAGAAACAGAUUUCUGAUGUGGAACGUGAUAUUCAGAAUUUUCCAGCUGCCACAGAUGAGAAAGACAAGUUUGUUGAAAAAAUGACCAGCUUUGUGAAGGAUGCACAGGAACAGUAUAACAAGCUGCGGAUGAUGCACUCUAACAUGGAGACGCUCUAUAAGGAGCUGGGCGAGUACUUCCUCUUUGACCCCAAGAAGGUGUCUGUGGAAGAAUUCUUCAUGGAUCUGCACAACUUUAAGAAUAUGUUUGUGCAAGCAGUCAAGGAGAACCAGAAGCGGCGGGAGACAGAGGAGAAGAUGCGGCGAGCAAAACUGGCCAAGGAGAAGGCAGAGAAGGAGCGGCUGGAGAAGCAGCAGAAGAGAGAGCAGCUCAUAGACAUGAAUGCUGAGGGCGAUGAGACAGGUGUGAUGGACAGUCUUCUGGAAGCCCUGCAGUCAGGCGCAGCAUUCCGGCGGAAGAGAGGACCCCGUCAGGGCAACAGGAAGGUCGGGUGUGCAGCCAUGUCUCAGCUAGAAUCAGUGCUGACCAGGGACGAUGCCAUGACCUGUGUUCCUGCCAAGAUGUCCAAGAGCGAGGAAGUCCCCACCAUCCUUGAGGAGGCCAAGGAGUUGCUCGGCCGGGCAAGCUAAGCCAGGUCCUGGGGCCAUGGCAGCUCCUCAGUGGAGCUCCAGACUGUCCCUGCCCUGCAGCGUGUGGGUGAAGGGUCACAGAGAUAUUCCUCUGCGGUGGCCACUCCCAUCACCUUGACCCCAUCUUUGUCUCCAGCCUGCUGCUCUCUGUACAUCACACACAGCUUCAGCUGCCUGGAGGCCAGAAGGAAAGGGCAGGGUGGGGAGGCCUGAGGCCAACCCGGCCAGCCCUGGCUCUCGUAUUACCAAAGCAGGCUCUGUGUUUGCUGCCUUAACCCCAAGUGUCUCCUCCGUUCUCCGUGGCCUCAUCUCAGACAAGGCCCCACCUGCUUUCUCAGCCUCUACCUUUCCCGUGGGCUUUUGCCUAGGUCAGUCUUGCUGGGUUUAUGCUUUUCUUUUGUGUUUUCUCUGGCCCUGAGAACAGCAUGGGCUGAUGAACCUUUGGGCUCUGUCCCUCCUUUCAUUGCUGUCACCACCACCCCGCCUCCCUGCUCCUCCUGCCCCUGGCUCUUGUUAUUACUAGGGGUGUGGCAUUGGGAGCUGCUUCCAAGGAAGUGGGGAGCAAAUCCCCCUUAUCCCACUUUUUGGGAAAGGCCUCCCAAAACAAAAAGAACCUGGACCACUUUUAUCUGUUCUCCUGUGGCCUAGGCCAGAGCCUAGGGCGGGCAGGCAUGGCACAGGUGGGACCUGCCCCCAGCCUGCUGCCAUGCUCUGUGCCCUUGCCUCUCUGGACCCUCUGCACCAGCCCUAGGCUACUGAGCCACAGGCCCUUCUCACGCCCUCCCUAGAGCUUUGGUGCAUCUCAUCCCAACACCUUAUCCUCUGUCUCCAGGGAGAUGGGAGGUGGAGCCUCCUGGCUGAGAAAUUGUUUUGCUAAAGGAUCUAUUUUUAUAUGAAUUUUUUUUUUUUUUUAAGAAAAAUAACUCUUCCUUCCUCCUUUCCCCUCCAUAAUAUAAGAGGCUUUGAUGGCAGGUUCCAGAGUCCCUGGGAUCUCUCCCCACAAGCCUCAAUUCUGAACAAGCCCCUGGACCUCCACCCUCAGCCCUCAAGCCUCUGGGCCCUUGAGGCCAGUGCAGACUCUCUCUCCCAGCAUCUGACUCUGGGGCAAGGGGAAGCUCUCCUCUUGUUGAGCUGGACCAGGCCUAAGAGUAGUGGGAGCUCUGAAACGACAGAGUUUUUAUAAAUUUAAUAUAUUUAUCAAGCCAAAUGUGCAAAUGCUAACUGGCCACUCUGGAGCAGUGCGCACAGGCUGUGCCCCACCCUGCUCUCUUCUCUGCGGUGGGCAGGCCAGACUCUUUGGCGGUCCCAGCCACAGGAAGCUCAGAUUCUCCGGUCAAGGUGACGCUUUGCCCUCCUGUGCUCCCUUCAGCUUCCCACCCCUGGGAGAGAGAAUGGCACUGGUAGGACCUGGCGCAAAAGUAUAGUUAUUAGAGCAAGGGGGAGCUUAGGAGACCUAAGGGCGCCUGCAGGGAGGCCUUGAGGCCCGGAAGGAGGGUUCUGGUUGUUGGAGCCUGUGUGUGGAGGGGCAGCAGCAGCUCCUUUGCACUGUUUCUGGGAGGACCGCGGUGCAGGGGCCUGCUGCUUCCCUAGGUCCCUCCUCCCUGCUGACAUCUGGGGCUUUGACCCUUUCUUUUUUAAUCUACUUUUGCUAAGAUGCAUUUAAUAAUAAUAAAAAAGGGACAAAAUGCAAACCUGUUCCCCUCACCUCUUGGGCUUCUGGGAUGUCAUCACCUCCAGUUUGUUGGGUUUGUUUCCAACUGUUAAUAAAGCAUUGAAACAGUA